AGCGCCUCCUAGCGGUAGGUUACGUCGGUAGAGCACCUGCCGGUUGUCUGCUAGGAACGGUUGAGCAGGUAGUCCAAAGUUCAGUUGUGUUACCACGAACACCAUCAUUGAAUGACAAAUCAAGACCCGUCUUUCUACAGCUGAGAAUUUCAACAUGCUGAGAACAAUUGCUUCAAGACCAUUGAAUGGUCAAUGUGGACAAUCUUUGAAAAUUGCUGCCACCUAUGAAAAGUCCCUGAAAAUAAGUUCUAUUGGCACAAAGAAGCUAUAUAGCACUGCCUCUAAUGACAAAGAAUACCUCCAUAAAAGUAUCCUGCCAACAUACCACUUUCAGAAGAGCCUUUUAAGGUUGGGAAUACCAAAACUGGAAAAAACUUGUGAGAGGUAUCUAAAAGCUCAAAAACCUCUCUUGUCACCAGAGGAGUAUUCUCACACUGAAACCACAGUGCAGAACUUCCAACAGAAUGAAGGAGAAGAGCUCCACAAGGAAUUGGUUGCCAGUGACAAGAGAAAUAAACAUACAAGUUAUAUAUCAGGUCCCUGGUUUGACAUGUACCUGAAGGACAGGUCACCUGUUGUGCUCACACAUAAUCCAUUUGUAGUUUUCAACGAUGAUCCCAGGCCAGAGUACAAUAACCAGCUUGUCAGAGCAACAAACAUGAUAGUGUCUUCAGCAAGGUUCAUGAAAACUCUGAAAGCAGAAAUAUUGGAGCCGGAAGUCUUCCAUUUAAAUGCAUCUAAGAGUGACACCCCAGGAUUCAGAAAGUUCACCAGGGUUCUGCCUCAAUCCGUCGCAGCGUAUGGGGCGUACUGGUACAAGGCCUUCCCCUUGGAUAUGAGUCAAUAUGGCCGACUGUUCAACUCCACUAGGAUUCCCAGACCAGGAAGGGAUGAGCUGUUUACUGACAACGGUGCCAGACAUCUGCUGGUCCUCAGGAGGGGCAACUUCUACACCCUCGAUGUCCUGGAUCAAGACGGCAAUAUCCGACCUGCUGUAGAUAUCAUGGCCAACUUGAAGUACAUCCUGGACGAGCCAACCCCCCAGCCUGAGUUCCCCCUGGGGGUUCUCACCACGGAGAAUAGAGAUGUGUGGUCCACUGUCAGAUCACAGCUGGUAGAUGCAGGUAAUGAGGCCACCCUGAGGCACCUGGACAGUGCGAUAUUUGCCCUGGUGCUGGAUGAGGAGGCACCGCAAGAUCCUGAUGGAGUCUCUCGACUCUUCCUACAUGGAGAUGGAAUCAACAGAUGGUAUGACAAGAGCUUCCAGCUAAUACUCAACUCUGCAGGCACAGCUGCUGUCAACUUUGAGCAUGCGUGGGGAGAUGGGGUGGCAGUGUUGCUCUACUUCAAGGAGGUGUACAAGGACACCACGGAGAAGGCUCAAGUCAGCCCCAACACUACACCAGCUAACAGAGAUUCCAGCGCUGACGUGAGGAGGUUGGAUUUCAAGCUUGAUGCUGGUAUAAAGCAGGCCAUACAGGAAGCUAAAGAGAAGUUUGACAAGAGGACCAGUUCCCUUGACCUCCACCAUCUGGAGUACAUGAGAUACAACAAGACAUUUGCCAAGCAGCAGAAAGUCAGCCCAGAUGCCAUCAUGCAACUAGCGAUACAGCUGGCAUACUACAGACAAAAUGGCUGCACUGUCAGUACGUACGAGUCCUGCAGCACUGCAGCCUUCAAGCAUGGCCGCACGGAGACCAUGAGACCAUGUACCACAGCCACACAGAAGAUGUGCCAGAUGUUGUUUGAGUCGAAGGAACUGCCGUCUAUCAGUGACCUUCAACAGGGCAUUCGAGAUUGCUCUACAGUGCACCAACAGCUCACCAAAGAAGCUGCAAUGGGACAGGGUUUUGACAGACACAUGUUUGCCCUGCGGACGCUUUCGGAGGCUCAUGGAAAAGUCCCAGAAAUAUUCCGAGACCCCGCCUACAAGAAGAUCAACUACAACAUCCUCUCUACAUCCACCUUGUCGGACCCUGCUGUCCUUAUCGGGGGCUUUGCUCCGGUUGUACCUGAUGGAUAUGGCGUUGGGUACUCAAUAGAGAACAACAGGAUAGGUUUCAACAUCACUAGUUACCCCCCUCCGAGAGACGUCCGCGACUUCAUCCAAUGCUGUAGCAAUAGUUUAGAUGAUAUCUAUGAUAUACUACAAGGCAAUGCUCCGGCCAGGAAGACAUGAUGUCAUCUAUAUAGAGUCAAUCCUACAGUGCUACUUGAGUGUGUCCUACUGUGGGUAUUCCAUGUGGCCUCCUACUAAUGCUAUGUUUGUCGUAAAAGGCGACUAACGGGAUCGGGUGGUCAGGCUCGCUGACUUGGUUGACACAUGUCAUUGGUUCCCAAUUGCGCAGAUCGAUGCUCAUUCUGUUGAUCACUGGAUCGUUGAUCCAGACUCAAUUAUUUACAGACCGCCGCCAUAUAGCUGGAAUAUUGCUGAGUGCGGCGUAAAACUAAACUCACUCACUCACUCCUACUAAUGCAUCACAAUACUUGACAGGCUUGUAACAUUACACUGCUUCAUGAUGAAGUAAGGGUGGUUGGGUAGCCUAGUGGUUAAAGCGUUUGAUAGUCACAACGAAGGAACAGGUUCCAUUCCUAACAUGGGUACAAUGUAUAAAGCCCAUUUCUGGUUUCUCACAUCACAAUAUAUCUGAAAUAUUGCUAAAAGCGGUGUAAACUCACUCACUCACUCAUGAUGAAGGAAGGUAGUGUGUACAUGCUCCUGAAACUAUUCUUCAUGGUGAGUGAGUGAGUGAGUUUGAUUUUACGCCGCUUUUAGCAAUAUUCCAGCAAUAUCACGGCGGGGGACACCAGAAAUGGGCUUCACACAUUAUGCCCAUGUGGGGAAUCGAACCCGGGUCUUCGGCGUGACUAGGCUACCCCACCGCCCCUCUUCAUGGUGAAUGUGAUGGACACAAGUAUUGUACGAUGUCACUAGUCAGGAAGACAGGUCAUAAAUGGGUCCAGUAUGGUUCCAAAUAUAUAAAUAUAUGAAUUGCCUUGGUGACUAAGGUUGAAACCUAUAUUUGUUAUAUAAAGGAGUGUCUGCCAGGCUAUGUGACCAUACUUUCAUAUUGCAGGGAAUGCUCCAUGUUCAUCACUUUGAGUUUAUUGUGUCAAGGACUGACGGUUUGUUAUUCAGAGGAGUGAGUGAAAGAGGGACUGGGUUUUUUUUUUAAAUAUUAGUUUUGACCCAGAUAUAGCUUGGAAAACAUAAUUAGACCUGUGACUGUUUAAUAAAAAAAGUUGUUUGCCAUGAACUAUACAUUGCUGAAGUAGAUCUGGCCAAAAGAUAUCAAUGGUCAUAGAAUAAUUUAAAAAACUGUUGGUUUUGCAGCUUUAUUUCAAAUAAUAUAUAAUCCAAGGCUUCCCUGCAUCAUAAUAUCAAUGUGUGAAGUCCAUUUCUGGUGUCUCUGGUCAUAAUAUUGCUGGAAUAUUGAUAAAGCAGUGUAAAACUCACUCACUCAUAGUACCAACUGGUCAGUCCCCAAAUGACAUUAUUCCCAAAUGUAUUUAUUUUAGGCCAGGAUAGGAAAUCUAUUGUCAAUGGACCAGUUUCAUACAAAGCAUUUACCUUUGUAUGUUUAUAUUUACCACUCAUUUUACUACAGUAUAUCUUUGCAUGAAAGUGCUUUGUCAGCAAGAUUGUUUCAGUGGGUUGGUUGAUAAUAUUUGUUGUCGAAAGUUAUUCGAUUUGUUGAAAGUCAGAAAAUAUAGAGAGUAAAUAAGCUCAGUAGUGACAUGGUGUAAGGUUCAUGCCUGAAUUCUUUCACUGACUCAGAAUGAAUGGUGAAAAUUAUUCACACAAGAGAAUAUUUUAUGUCCUCCAAACAUUAAUCAUUCUACCUUGACUGCUAUACCAGACAAGGAAGAACAUCACUGUAUGGUUAUAGUUCCUGAGAUCUGUGAUUAUGUUUUCUUACAUAUUUUCAAGUAAUAAACUAUUCUUUGCACACA